GUGAAGAGAAAAAGAAUGAGGCACCAUAAAGAUCUGCAGUUGGCAAAUUCGCUACUUUGCCUCAGACUCCAGCCAUGAACUGAAGGCACGGAGAUCUCUAACACUACUUCCUGUCUCUAUACUUGGGAUACAUCCUUGGAUUUUGUCCUCUUGGCGUUCUGUUCCAGAUCAUGUAAGAAAACCUGAACAUUUUAAAAAUCCACCCGGACAGGAAGGUUAACUCUGCAAAAGAAGACAAAAAGAAAGGUGAAAGGGGAAUCAGCUAAAUAUUUCAGCACAGUCAUUGGUGUCCAGAGGUGUGAGAGGCAUGUCUCUGGCUGUUGAUUUCUGAAACUCAGCCAGAGAAAUAAAAAGCAAGCAGCAACACUGCUCUCAGAUAACUGACGGAUCUGUGCCACCAUGUCUUCCAUUCUGGAAAGAAUAGCAGCAGCCCCCUCACCAUCACUUCUAAAUCUGUUGAUUGGAUUCAUCUUGAUCUGUGGACUGUUGAAAACCCUUCAACUAUACCGGAGGAAAAAGAAGCUGCUCAGAAACUUGAAAAGCUUUCCAGGCCCUCCAAGCCACUGGUUUUUUGGCAACAACAAGCAGGUCAGUCGAGGAAAUGAAUUCAAAAAGAGCCUGGAAUGGGCAGAAAAAUAUCCUUAUGCCUUUACUAGAUGGUUUGGUGGCUUUUCAGCUGCUUUAGUGGUCUCCCAUCCAGACUACGCCAAAGCUAUAUUUGGUCGUGGAGAUCCCAAGUCUAUGGUCACCUAUAAGUUCUUUCUCCCCUGGAUUGGAAAAGGACUUCUCAUCCUACAUGGUCCGAAGUGGUUUCAACACCGCCGCCUCUUAACUCCAGGAUUCCAUUAUGAUAUUUUGAAACCAUAUAUAGCCCUGAUGGCAGAUUCAACAAAAAGCAUGCUGGAUAAAUGGGAGAAGCUCAUUGUCAAGAAUGACAUGAAGUCUCUGGAGAUGUUUGAACAUGUCAGCUUGAUGACUCUAGACAGCAUCAUGAAAUGUGCCUUCAGUUCCCAGAGCAGCAGUCAGACUUCCAGAGAACUGAAUAAUUACAUCAAAGCUAUUUAUGACCUGACCUAUCUGGUGUCUCAGAGAGUACGUAAUGUCUUGUACCGAAGUGAUCUCAUUUAUCCAUUCACUUCAGCUGGUCGGCACUUCCAAAAAGCUUGCAAACUGGCUCACAAACAUACAGAAAAAGUCAUAGAAGAAAGAAAAAUAUCAUCCAAGGAGGAAGGAGAGCUCAAAAAAAUCCAGAAGAAGCGACAUUUAGAUUUUUUGGAUAUUCUUCUUUCAGCCAAGGAUGAAAAUGGAGUCGGGUUAUCUAAAGAAGAUUUGCGUGCUGAGGUGGACACAUUCAUGUUUGAAGGGCAUGAUACCACGGCAAGUGGGAUUACCUGGAUGUUAUAUGCAAUGGCUCACAACCCAGAACACCAACACCGAUGCAGGGAGGAGAUAAAGGAAAUUAUGGGGGACCAUGACACAGUUCAGUGGGAUGACCUUGGAAAGAUGCCUUACACCACCAUGUGUAUAAAAGAGUGCCUCCGCCUUUACCCCCCAGUCCCUGCAGUGGCUCGACAACUUAGCAAACCCAUAACCUUUUGUGAUGGACGCAGUUUGCCUGAAGAAACAGUCGUCUCAAUUAGCAUCUAUAAUAUCCACCGAAAUCCAAGCAUAUGGGAAGACCCAGAGGUAUUUGACCCCACACGAUUCUCACCAGAGAAAUCAUCACAUAGACAUUCCCAUGCUUUUGUGCCUUUUGCUGCUGGACCAAGGAAUUGCAUUGGACAGCAGUUUGCCAUGAAUGAGAUGAAAGUAGCUCUUGCUCAGAUCCUGCUCCGCUUCGAAAUCUUACCAGAUCCAGCAAACAUUCCUAUUCCAAUCCCUCAGGUUGUCUUGAAGUCUGCAAAUGGGAUUCACCUGUUUCUAAAAAAACUCGACUGACUUAGGACUGUAUCACACGAGGCUUGUGAAGCUAUAUUACCAUGGGAUAAUGGUGUCUUUGGUCAUUACUACGCACUGCAUAACACUGUUCUGAUCCUUGUAGCUGUUUUCAUAUUCCACCCACUCCUCUCAGUCAUUCUUCUUUUCCACAGUGGAUUUACAUGCAAAAGUUCCUCUCAUUGCAGUUCUGUUCUCAGGCAGCAGUGGGUGUGAUUUUAGAGUUCUACCACCCUCCUUCCCCUUCCUUCUCCUCCUCUCGCCUCUCUUCCCUUUCCUUUUGUGAGGAAGGACUCUCAUUCUUUCAGGAAUGGUGGCCUCAUGAGGAAGGACUCCCACUGCUUCUAUGGUGGAGUUUAGCUGUUUCUUCCACCCCCACCAAAGAAGUGAUGGGAUCUUUCUUUGCAAGAAAGAACUCCCAUUGUUUCUCUGGGUGGAUGCAGCCACCAUCUCCUCACUCCCCAAAGAAGGGCUCUUCCACACAGCCCUCUAUCCCAGAAUAUCGAGGCAGAAAAUCCCACAAUAUCUGCUUUGAACUGGGUUAUCUGAGACCACAGAUAAUGUGGGAUUUUCUGCCUUGAUAUUCUGGGAUCUAGGGCUGUGUGGAAGGGUUCGAAGUGACAACAUUCCUACCUCACAAAGAAGAAUUCCCAUUGCUUCUUUGGAGGGGCACAGCUGAUUUCCCCACCUUACACUCACAAGAAAUUACUAUCUUUUCUGGGGGGAAAUGUCUUCAUACAUCAGCCUUACAGUUUCCUUGCAUGAAGUCCCUUCUCGCCCACCACACACACACACACUCACCCACACCAACCCCCCCCCCAAUCAUUUUAUUGUUUUUUACUUCUCUGGCAAGCCUGAGCUCAUUCUGGCUCUCUCCCUACAUGUUCCCUUUGGUGAUUUCUGCCUUUUCCCAUUUUUUGUUCAUGUUCAUUUGAAAUCUUAGCUCAGUUGGAAGUUCUUUGGUUAUUCACUCUAGUUAGUUUAGGCUGGAUCUACACUGCCCAGUAUCCCAGGAUCUAAUCCCAGAUUAUCUGAUUUAAACUGGAUUAUAUUGGUCUGCAAUGCCAGAUAAUCUGGGAUAAGCAGAUAAUCUGGAACCAGAUUCUGGGAUAUAGGGCAGUGUAGAUCCAAGCCUUAGACACCUCCCAUUUUUCCUUCUCAUUGAAAUUGCUUGAAAUUAUGUCUUCAAUAUGUCACUGCUAAGAAACUCCCAUUUUUCAUGAAUUCUUUUAGUACUACUGACAUCAGGAUCAUAUCCAAUAUUUUCAUAAGUUUACUGAAACCUGCUUUCAUAAGAUAUAGAAUGUGUGUCUAUGCUCAUCUUAUUAUUUCUGUUGUAUAACAAACUCCAGGAGAACAUGGUCAUUCACACCCAAGGAUCCUAGCACUUUCACUCCAUUAACAAGAUCAUCACUGUUGCUUAGAAUUAGAUCUGAAACAUCUGAUCACUUUGUUUAAUCUUUCAUCUUUUUGACAAUGAAAUUUUCUGAAAUGCCGUUGGCCCUUAUAUUCAUGUCAGACUUCAAUUUGUAACAAUAUUAGAAUAGUUAAAAUCUUCCAUUGCUACUACAUCUCUCUGUACCGAUGGGGUAAUCUGUUCCAAUAAGGCAGGACUGCACAACCUGCUAACUUCAGGUAUUUUGAACUUUAGCUCCCAGAAUUCCUGAGUAUUGGAAUAACUGAUUAGGCCUUCCGGGAGUUGGAGGCCCAAACACCUAGAGAGUUGUGCAGGUGUGCAAUAAGUCCUCAGUCUAGCUUGUGGAUCUGUGGUAUACCUCCACAAUCACACCCCUGUCAUUUCUCACCGUAUUAAUUAAUAGGUAGCCAUAUGCUCUCAACCUGGUUUCCAGGGUUUAAGUCAUGCAUUUUUUUCACAAAUGAAAACAUUCUUGACAUAUAAUACUACUAUUCUCUUUUUCAGAUUGGUCUGUUUCUAAGAAAUAGAUUAUAGAUUAUUACAUCAUAUUUGCUUUGUUGUAUUAAGCAUCCAUCUUGUUUAUAUCCUAUGCUCUGUGCAUUAGUUAGGGACAUCUGACAUCCCAUGGUUGUGUUGUAUUAAUUGCUUAUGAGACUUUUAAACUAAGUUAUGUUGGGGAAGGGUUGAUUAGGCGCUGGAAAUCAUAGCCAGAUUAUAGAGAGGUAAAACAAAAACAUUCCCGCCAACUGCAAAAAGGUGUAACCCAUUGCUUGCUUGAAGACCAUCUUCAUGAAAGUGGAGAACAUGGUCCAAGAAAUCAGAUCAUUCCUGGUGACAUCAUCUGCUUGCUGAGCCAAUUGUUCAACUCCACUAUUCUUCUCUCCCUUCCUGAGUCAUGUCCUUCAACAGGACAGUGGUUCUCAACCUGUGGGCCCCCAGAUGUUUUGGCCUUCAACUCCCAGAAAUUCUAACAGCUGGUAAACUGGCUGGGAUUUCUGGGAGUUGUAGGCCAAAACACUUGGGGACCCACAGGUUGGGAACCACUGAACUAGGACGAGAGAUGAAAUGGCAACCUGUGAAUCAAGGCCCUAUAGCUUCAAAUCCAAGACCUUGUAAUCCCCUAUGAUAACUUGAAGGCUAUGUCUUGCAAUGUCAUUUGUUUCCCACAUGGUCCAAAAGGACCAAAAUGCAUAAGCAUUUAUGCUAUUCUAGAUGAACUUACAUUGUGAAGGAUUGGGAGUUCUGCUGGAUCUUACUUUUCUGGAAUAGUGUUCAACUAUUAUCUGCGUAAAGGACAGGGGUCAUAUUCUGUGUCACCAUAAUGGGUUUUGCUAGUGUGAAAUACAGCUUAUAGUUUAAAACUCUUGUCUAUGUCCGGUGCAGAAUGGCAUGCUAUGCAAGGGUUAAAAGCAUAGUGAUUUAUUUCCUAGAGUGUGAAC